CACAUGACAGUGACGUGGCUGCUGGCGUCCCGACAGUUGGUUGACGUGGCGUCCACGUCGGGGUCUAUCUCCGCCUCGUAUCCAGUGGCGCCAUGGCGAUGGCUUCCACGAUCACAGCUCUCGCGAGCUCCUUUGCGAAGUGUGGCGGCUCCGCGAGAUUUCUCGACGAUUACAACUUCAACUGCGGUGGCAAUUCGCUGCGAUUUCGAUCGAUCAGUGGUCAUUGCCAGAGGAUUUCCAAGAGUUUGGUGGUGAAUCGAAAUCGAGCAGGGGGGCAGCGAGGAAUCAUGUACGAGGACGAGGAUACGUUCGUUCUCCUGGAGCCCGGCGAGGACGAAGUGUUCGUCUCCAUGGAGCAGCUCCAGUCGAGGAUUAAAUCCUGGCUGGAGCGAUGGCCGUCGGGGUCGCUGCCAUUCGACCUCCAAAACUUUAAGACUCUGGACGAGGCCGCGUCGCAUCUCGUGAGCAAUUCCUGCGAGCUCGAAAUUGGCGGCGGCUUUGGUUCCAUUCAAUGGUUCCAAGUUAGACUGGAAGAACGAUAGAUUAUAGUAGUAGCUUUGUUUAGAACUACUCUUUUUCUAUCUUUCUAUUUCGUGUCAACAUCUAGAACGAACAUAUCAAGCCCACAUUACGUAA